AUCAAUUAAAACAAUUAUAUAUUCUUAUUAAUUUAUUUUGGUCUUUCAGUUAAGACCACUUUUAAACUGUUAAAGUUCUUUAAUGAGAUGCCUCUGACUCUUUCUGCACCGCUGCAUAUUAUCCUCUGAUGUCACAGAGAUCACUUUGCGUGAGACUACUAGCGACCCCUUGACGAGUUAAUGUCACUACACAUGCGCAUACCUUUGACACCUGUGCUGUUGAGAUCCUAAAUAAACACACAGGCUGCAGUUUUCGGUCCAAUAUUUGUGUUGCGCUGAAAUAAGAUUAAGUUUAGACAAUCGGUCAUAUUGCCUGUGUACAGCAGAUCCAGACAGCAUGGAUUUCUUCUUCCUGCCUUCAUGGGUAGUCGUUGUGUUGGUUGUAGCCGUUCUGACCAUCAUCUACUUACACUACAGCUGGGACAACAGGCGCAAGUUUGGCCUCCCAGGACCAACCCCUUUACCCACUGCUUGGACAUAUAGUGGACAUGAUAAAAUACGGUCUUUGUGACUUCGAUCUACAUGUCACUAGGACCUACGGUAAGACGGCCGCCUUGUCUUCAGGGAUAUUCCUUAACAUUCUGGGGGAUAUUAUGAUCACAGACCCGGAAAUGUUAAAGGAGGUGAUGGUAAAACAGGCCAGCGUCUUCACGGACAGGAAUGCAGAUCCGGACACGCAAAUAUCGCCAGUGGACAAGUCGGUCUUUGCAGUAAGAGGUGAACCGUGGAAACAGAUGCGAAGUACGUUGACUCCAACGUUCAGUUCCGGGAAGCUUCGACACAUGGAGGCAAUGAUUCUUAAGUGCGCUAACACCCUGAUUGAAAACUUGAAGAAGAAAGCCAAAGCUGGAGAGAGUUUUGACAACAAAAUCUGGGGUUGUUAUACAAUGGACGUGAUAUGUGCUACAGCCUUUGGAGUCGAGGUUGACUCGCUGAACAACCCUAACCACCCUUUUGUAAAAAAUGCAGAAAAAGCUAAUGAUAUCAAUCUUUCAGAUCCUGCCGUUCUCCUCCUCUUUUUUGCACCUCGCUUGAUAAAAAAGCUGGCACCCAUCCUUCGGCACGUUCCUGGAUUCCGUGGGGUAUUGAGCUCAUUCCAUUACUUUGGAGAAACGACUAAAGCUCUUCUGGAUGUGAGAAAGCAAGCCCAGGAAGGACACUACAACGAUUUUCUGCAGUUGAUGUUGACUGCGCACACCAUGUCCACGUCUGAUCUGGGUGAUGACGAGAAAGAGGUGGCAAAAUGGAAGAAAAAAGCCCUGACCACGGAAGAAAUUGCGGGCAACGGGAUGAUUUUCUUCAUUGCAGGUUUUGGAACUGCAAAUGACACUUUAGGAUUCACAACCUAUCUCCUGGCCACCCAUCCUGAGAUACAGCAGCGACUAAUACAGGAGGUUGAUGAUGUGCUGCAAGGUGCCGAACCCACUUACGACACUGUGUCAAAGUUGGGCUAUCUGGAGCAGGUUCUGAAUGAGUCGAUGAGGCUUUAUCCUGUUGGCAUUCGUGUAGACCGUGUGGCCAACCAAGACACCACCGUGAACGGCUUAUUCAUACCCAAGGGGACAGCCGUGGUAAUUCCGAUCUACGCCAUCCACAUGGAUCCUGAAAAGUACCCGGACCCUGAGAAGUUCGACCCAGAGCGAUUCACGCCAGAGGAGAAAGCAAAACGCAACCCCUACUGGUACAUGCCCUUCGGUAUGGGGCCCCGCAACUGUAUUGGUAUGCGCCUGGCCCUGCUCGAGAUGAAGAUUAUCCUCGUGAAGGUCCUGCAGAACUUCACGCUGAAGACGUGUGCGGAGACACAGGUUCCUCUGGUGCUCUCCAAGUCAAAUCCAAUGAAACCUGAAAAGCCAAUAAUUUUAAAAGUUGAGGAAAGAUUUGUGUAAAAUACCAACUUGGCAGUAAUGUUAUCAUUUGAACAUUGCAAAUAUUUUCAUUAUUUGGCGUACUUAAUACUUACAGAUUUAGGUUUUUAUGUUGAUUAUUUCGUAUGGCUCUAACAUUCUAUAAAUAAAAUAAUAUUAGUUGUCAACAUUUUAUAGAAAUGUAACAAAGCUCUUUCUGUUAAAAUUUUUUAAAAAGAUUCCAUUUAAAGGAUAUUUGGGAAAACCAUUCCAGGUAGGGGGCCUAAUUGUGAUGUAUUUACUGAAUCUGGUAAAAUUAUAUAGAAACGUCAUUUUUACCAUCUUCUAUGAAAUUCAUCAUUAGACAAUUGACAAUCAUAACUAGGACAGAAAUAUAUUUCCAUAGUCAAAAUGUAAUUCUGAUGUGAUAGAAUGUACCGGGAAGCUCACGUUUUUGAUACAUACUUUUUUGCGGUUGAAUUCUUAAAUAUUAGUAUUUUUAUUUUAAAAAUAUGCAUUUGCGAUAAAACAAAGAAAAAGAAACAGUUUUCAUAUGUAUUGCUUUGAAAUGUUCUGUUUAACAAGAUUAUUUGUUACUGCAUUCAGGUAUCAAUUACUUCUACAUUGCAUUGUACAAAAGUUAUGUAAUAGAAAAAUUUGGGACUGUAAAAGAUAUAACGUC